AUGAGCAAGCAGGCGGCAGAUGGCACGCAGCCUCUCAAGUUGCACGAAUGUAGACCAUUUUGUGAUGUACACGGGCGCACCUUGCUUGGUGCAGGAGUCUCACCACUCAAGAACCCCGUUAAGGACUACCCCGGUUAUACUGGGGCGCAGAAGGCGCUUUUUGGGAGCGUACAGCUCAUCGUCCUGCGCGGGUUGCUCUUAUCCACGGCGACGAUGGUGAGAGUGUUCGGCAGUGAGCCAAACGAGAUCGCAUCGAUGAAUACAGACCUGCCGAAGUCUGCAUUCUAAUUCCAUGCGGGAUUUUUUGCUUUAUCAAGGGAUUGUGAUGUGCAUGUAUACGCAUCAAAACGAUGAAACAGUCGCUAUUGUGGGGUCAAGUUUGUCUGU